AAAAUGGACCCGUACCCGACCCAAACCCAAUGUGGUUCUCUAUAAAUUUCUGAAAUCAGAAUUAGGGUUUCAGUGUGUGCUACUUUCCAUUCGUUCACCGCCCCAAUCUCUGCAGCGCCUUCGAUCUAGAAAACAUGACUAAGAGAACAAAGAAGGCUGGCAUUGUUGGAAAAUACGGUACCCGUUAUGGUGCCAGUCUGCGAAAGCAGAUUAAGAAGAUGGAAGUUAGUCAGCACAGCAAAUUUUUCUGUGAAUUUUGUGGGAAGUAUGCUGUGAAGAGGAAAGCUGUAGGAAUAUGGGGAUGCAAGGACUGUGGUAAAGUGAAAGCAGGCGGUGCUUAUACUUUGAAUACCGCAAGUGCUGUGACGGUACGGAGCACCAUCAGGAGGUUGAGGGAGCAAACUGAGAGUUGAGCUUUUUGUUGAUGUUAUCAAUUACUAUUAGACUUUGCGUGAUAUGCCUAGUUUGUGUUCACUGAACUGCAUUGGUUGUAUUCAAAGUAAACUCCUUAAAGUUUAAUUUUGAGAUGACUCUUUUAAUUUUAGUUGUUUGGAACUCUUUGUCAGAGUGAUUUUGCUUCAUAGUUUUAUUUUAUUGUUUUCAAUUCUAGUGGUUCAUUGUUUC